UGCAGCGCCCAGAUCGACUGCGACGUGCCGCUAGAGGAGGCGUUUGCGCUGUGGGAGGACCGCGAGCGCAUCCCGCUCUGGAUGCCCUGGAUCACCAGCGUCAAGGUGCAGGCGGACGACCCGCGCAUGUCCCGCUGGACGCUGUCUACCUUCCAGUUCAACCGGCAGUGGGAGUUCUCGUGGAUGGCGCUCAACAUGACGCCGCUGAAGCACCAGAAGAUCCACUGGCGAUCCGUGCCGGGCACCGUGGGCGGCAGCCUGGGGGGCCAGAUUCGCUUCCUGCGUAAGGGCCAGCAGCGCUGCACCGUGAAGCUGACCAUCAGCUAUGAGGUGCCCAACGCCAUGGCGCCCUUUGCCAACCUGCUGACGCCGGUGGUGGAGGGCGUCCUUCAGGCGGACAUGCAGCGUUUUGCAGAGUAUGCAGUGCAGCACCGGGCCAGCACCAAGGCGUGA